CAAUCCUUCGUAAAAAUUCUCCAGCUCUCCUCUUCCUCCACCGGACCACAACCCACUGUCACAAAACCCGACUGUUCUCUCCACUGCUCCCCUCCUGCUUCUUCUCUCUCAAGCCAUCCUUUUUUCUAUUACCCUUCUCUCUCCCUCUGUGAUAUUUCUGUGCAUGGCAGUGAGUUUAUUGGCCCGCGAGGUAUCUGACCUAUGCCUUGGAAAGCCUGCGCUCAGGUCUCUCUCCGUCUCUGCAACAGUAGGUGAUGCGCUGUCUUCUCUCCGGAGAUCCGGUGACCCGUAUUUGAGUGUAUGGAGCUGUGAUCAUCACUGUAAUGUUUCAAGAUCUAAGGUUGCUGAUGUAAAUGAAUGCCGUUGCAUUGGUAAGAUUUGUUUGGUGGAUGUCAUUUGCUUUUUGUGUAAAGAAGACAAUCUGAAAAAUCCUGGGAGAGCUCUUCAGGAACCUGUCUCUGUUCUCCUUCCUAAGGUUCCUGGCCUCGUUAGGCACUUGGAGCCAAACGCAAGCUUGUUGGAGGCUAUAGAUUUCAUCCUUGAAGGUGCACAGAACCUUGUGAUCCCAAUUCACAGCCCCUUUUCAAGAAAAAAGCUGAUACACAAACCAUCCUCUAACUCCACCCUUCAUAACAAUCGAGAUAAGUACUGCUGGCUUACCCAAGAAGACAUAAUUCGCUACCUUCUCAACUGCAUUGGUCUCUUCUCCCCAACUUCUAACCAUGCCGUUGAGGAUCUCAACAUCAUAGACACCAAAUCCAUUUUGGCUGUCUGCUAUGAUGAGCCUGCCUCCUCUUUGUUACCCUUGAUCUCUCAAUCCCUUGUCAAACAAACAUCUGUUGCUGUUCUUGACAUAGACGGAAAGUUGACGGGUGAGAUCUCACCAUACACACUGAACUCUUGCAAUGAAUCAGUAGCUGCUGCAAUUGCUACACUUUCUACUGGGGAUUUUAUGGCUUACAUAGACUCUGGCGUGCCGCCAGAUGAUCUGAUACAGUUGGUUAAGGAAAGACUGGAAGAAAGGAAUUUACGCCAAGCUGUGGAGUUGCUGGAAGAAGAAUCAGUAAUUUUGUCAUCCUCUUCCUCAGACGAGGAGUUUGGGCCGGGAAGGAGUGCGAGAUUAGCUAGGCAUUCAUCAAGAGUGAUGAUGAAUACUGAUGCAAUUGUGUGUUUUCCAUGGAGCUCGUUGGUGGCAGUAAUGAUUCAGGCACUUUCUCAUCGUGUGAAUUAUGUGUGGGUUAUUGAAGAUGAUGGCACUUUGGUUGGAAUAGUUACCUUUGCAGGAAUGAUGAAAGUUUUCCGAGAACGUUUGAAGUCGAUGAUGUAGGGAUUCAAAGCAACAAUUGAGAAAUAAAAGAACUGCCAUCUCUAUAAUGAAACCAACAUUCCUUAUAAGGAUUCUUAUUUUCUUGUCUUCAUCGCCACAUUUUUAGUUCUAUGAGUAGUGCUAAGUUUGAAGUAAUUAUGGUGGAGCUUGUGGCUUUCCAUGAUUAAAUUCUGUGUUUUGUGAUUUAAGGAUUAAACUAAAACAGGGUGCAAUAGAAGGAUUGCGAAUAUGACGAGGUCAGUCUGUUGUAUGCCUGUUGUUUCUUGUGAAAGAAAUGGCGAAAUGCGGCUUUUAUCUUUCUAA